CCUCCGCCUCGGUCCUCGGUUUUGUCUUAGACGCGCGCAGGAGCAGAAGACACCAGGAUGGAGCGGAUGGAGUCUAUGGAGCCCAUCUCGGCGUACUACACCACAGCGUACCCGGAGAUUCAACCCGACAGCGGCUACGGCUCCGGAGAGACCACCGAGAAUCAGGCGAAGACUCCGCCGGCUCCGACUUAUGAUGAGGAGUUGGUGCACAAGACAAUCCUGGUCGGGGACAGCGGCGUGGGUAAAACAUCUCUGCUGGUGCAGUUUGAUCAGGGCAAGUUCAUCCCCGGCUCCUUCUCUGCUACGGUCGGCAUUGGAUUCACGAAUAAAGUGGUAACUGUUGAUGAUGUGAAGGUCAAGCUACAGAUUUGGGACACAGCUGGACAGGAACGGUUCAGAAGCGUGACACAUGCAUAUUACAGAGAUGCACACGCUUUGCUUCUUUUGUACGACAUCACCAGCAAAUCAUCCUUUGACAACAUCCGGGCAUGGUUAACAGAGAUCCAUGAGUAUGCACAGAGUGAUGUAGUCAUCAUGUUGCUGGGCAACAAGGCUGAUAUGAGCAGUGAUCGAGCAAUCAGGAGAGAUGAAGGAGAAAGACUGGCCAGAGAGUAUUCAGUUCCUUUCAUGGAGACGAGUGCCAAAACGGGAGUCAACGUAGACCUGGCCUUCACAGCUGUAGCCAAGGAGCUGAAGCACCGGGCCGUCCAGCAUCCCAAUGAACCCAAGUUCCAGAUUCAUGAAUACAUUGAGGCACAGAAGGAGAAGUCAGGUUGCUGCAGCUACUUCUGAAUCCCAGAAAACCUCCUCCCAUCACUCCCAGUGAACAGACUGUCGGAGACACACUGAGAGAUCUGGAGUGGGAGGAAACCACUGCUGCAACCUAAAGAUUAUGCUGCUAUUGGUUUGAGAUGAAAAGCCAAAAGUGCAUCUAUCAAACGCAUCAGAGGAGAAAGAAGCAAGCUAAUAACUCAGUUUUCUUUAGCCAGGAACGUAUUCUUCUAACUUUUGUGUGAUUUGUAAUUAUUAUGUAAAUUCUUGAAAAGAGUGGUUUUGUUUUUCUAAUGACGUAAUAGCCUUAUCAUUCUUAUUUUCUGAGAUGACACAUGCUUUGGUUUGGAGAUUAGGAACAAGAGAAAACCUUGUCUAAAGCUAAAAGAACAUGCAAGCAGAAAUGUAAAGUGACUUUGAGUCUGCAGCCACAUCAGCAGCUUUUGCAGGAUGUGAACUAAACUGGCUCACCAGCACGACUUCAUCUUAAAUGGCAUAUAGCAAACAUGUGGGUGUUCCCGCCGUGGAUGCUGUAGGACCUAGAUCCCAGACUCAGCCCAGACUCUGCACAUGUGCUGCAAUGGCCUUCUCUCCACUGGGUUCAACCCACAUGUAGACCUUUUGUUGGGAAGCCAAAACACAAGUCAAGUUCACUUUUUUGAGGCUGUUGCAAAUUUUUACAAAUAUAAAUCUCAGUGGAGUGAGACAUUUUCCUUCUAGAUGUCUCUGUUUCUAGAUGUGAUGUCUGGGGACAAAGCUUUUAGAGGGUUUCUCUUGUUUUGCAAAUCUAUUGUUUUUAUGUACACAAACAUGCAAAGUAAACAACACAAACCAGCUUGUUAUUGUGAUAGUAAACAUUAAGUGGAUUAAAACAUGAAGAACUUGCAUGUCAAGACAAAGUUGUUUAAAAAAAAGCUGCACACAUCUAGACGUUAUGUAUCCUUGAUGUCAGACUUUUUUAAAAUUACUAGCAGAAUCUGAAUUAGCAUUUUUUUAAGAAUAUUUAAUUUCUUCUUCAUUGAGAAUUAAAUACAGUCAUGAAAAACACUCUCUUUCAGUUCAAAGUUUUUAUAUAUAUCAGGACAUAAAACUCUCCUUUAGCAGGUCUGAAACUGAAAGGAAAUUAUACCUCAGAUAAUACCACAAUGUUUUACUGAUUAUUUAAGAAAAACUAAGCCAAUAUUUAAAACUGUGUAAAAACUAUGCAUGCCCUUAUUGAUUCCAGAAGACUUGGGGAAUUAAGCAGCCGCCUGGUGCUGCUUGUGACGUUUUGUCAUUUUGCAGCUCUGCAACAUUCUGUUAACACAAUGCCAAGGAGGAAAGACAUCAGCAAUGACCGUGCAAUGCAACUGUGGCUUCCAAUGGAUCUGAAAAGGGUUAUAAGGUCAUUUCCCAACUAUUACAAGCCCAUCAUUGUACUGAGAGAAAGAAUAGUCAGAAGACAGCUGCCAGUCUUCCAGGAGUGGACGUCCCAGCAAGUUUACUCUAAGAUCAGAUCGUUAAACAAACCCAAGAGCUGCGUUUUAGGCCGCGCUUACAGAGACCGGCCUUCAGAGUGAAAUUUUCUUCAAACACAAGGUGAAUCCUGUCCAUGUAAACGUGAUCUGGAACCUCAUCUUGCACUCACACACUUAAGCCCGGUUUACACCCACGAAAAGCACCACAACAAAGCUGGACCUCCAUCUUCUGUUUGUGCUGCUGAAUCUUUUUAAGUUAUUUGUUCUCUUAAAGCAAAACCAGCUGCUCUUGCAACAUUUAUGCUGUCAGCAAAAACACAGAUUACAUGCAGCAGAUAUUCAGUACUCUCUGUACAAGAGGAGGGCCACCAAGAGAACAAGUGUUGUGUUU